AUGACUCGCUCUGUGACGCCGCCCAUCCUACAGCUACAGAAUGCAGAAUCCUUGUCCUCACAGGCUGCGGCUCUCCGCGCUCUAAAAAAUGAGACAAUUGGUCACGAUCAGCGCAAAGAGGCUCUGGUGCGGCUAGGGAUUCUUCCCAUGCUUGCCCACUUCCUCGCUUCACGGAGCCUCAACGGAAGCCCUGGUCGCAAGGGAAGCUCGAAACACCGGGACUUGCCCGGGUCUAGAGCAGAGGCGGACGAUGCUCACUUACAGGCAAUCAUCCUUCUCGGAAGUCUAGCACAAGGAGGAGCGCAUUUUCUAUCCCCGAUACUGUCAAGCAACAUCCUUCCGAUCCUCCUUUCCAUCCUCUCAUCCCGCGAGUGCCCUCCCUCAUUCGUCCUUCCCAUCCUCCGGAUCCUGAACAGUGUGGCAGACCGACUACCACUCCAAUCACAGCAGUGGCCCAAGGAUACACGCUUGGCAGAUCUUCUUUUCUCAACCGAACACAUUGGCUGCUUAUCACGUAUCAUUGGGCAAGAUUAUAGCACUCACAACCGUCUGCUAUCGAUUGAAUUGGCCGCCGGUCUUAUUGGGAAACUCUGUACCGAGGAAUCGCACAAGGCAGUUCUGGCGGAUUGCGGAGUAUUGGAUGCAUUGGCCGUGAAAGUUGCGUCCUUUAUAGUUGCUCAGGGAUUUGUUUUUCCUGGUGCUGAGAACCACCUGGAUGAUCCCGGUGCCCUGGGAUCGCUACCCUCUCCUGCACCGCGUGGGGCCAAACUUGUCCCCAUCCUCCGCGCCGUCACGGUUAUCAUUGAAGAUUCCAAGUGGCGGGCGGAGCACUUCCUUUCGUCGCCUGGAAUCUUGACUGUCUUCCCUCGACAACGACCUGAGUUCUCGCCUUCGGAUAUCAAAAAGGGUCCGUGGGGUUCGACCUACCUUUCAGGGACAGCGGUUCCGCGGCAUCUUGGAGGCACCCCGUUAGAAUAUCUCCUUCCCGCUGUCCCACUAUCUCAACUUAAACCCUCCGCAAGUGCUACCAACUUUCCGCCUCUCGGCCAGCAGGGUCCACAUCGGCGACACAGCCACUCAUACCCGACUCCGCUCUCCAGCUUCGAUCCGCCAACUUCUGAGGAAGAUGAGAAUCCCGUUGUUCCGUGGCUCUUGUAUCUCGUCCGUGCGGAAAAUGGCAUGACCCGUUUGAUGGCCGCCCGCUUUGUAACCGUUUUGUUCCGUUUAGGACUUACUAAAAGACAUAGGGUGUCGAUGUUGUCCUACUUGCUGAUUCCUAUUCUUCUUCGCAUGCUCGAUAAGGACUAUGAAGCUUCCGGCGAUGAAGGUGACCAGUACGGAGGGAUGAUCUCAGCCUCUCAUCGGAUUAAAGAAGAAGCCCCGAGUGUUCUCGCGACUUUGGUCGAGGAUGAUCAGGAACUGCAGAAGCAUGCGGUCGAUGGCGAUGCCAUCAAGCGGCUGUCCCAGUUGCUGAAAGAAACAUAUAACCCUGUACAUGACACAACUCGGCCCAUGUGGCAUGCAGAAGAGGAGGCAAAGGACGAUCCAAGCACACAGUCUCCGGAGUGCCAGCUUGGGCCGGCUGGAUAUACAGCUCUUCAUUGCCAUAUUAUGAGGUUUCGCGAAAGCAUCUUGAGAGCAUUGGCUGCCUUGGUGCCUUUCAAAGACGAAUAUCGCAAGGCAGUUUGUGAAAAUGGAGUGGUCCCAUACAUCAUUGAUUCUCUCAAGCCUUGUUCGGCAGAUAUUCCUACCGAGUCUUCCGGCACGAGGAACGCAACGACUGAUGGCAACCCUACACCGACGCUUUUGGCGGCUUGCGGCGCUGCCCGGAUGCUCACGCGUUCAGUGAGUAUUCUGAGGACAAGCCUGAUUGACGCUGGCGUGUCAACUCCUCUUUUCGUCUUGAUUCGACAUCCCGAUAUUGAAGUGCAGAUUGCGGCUACCAAGGUGAUUUGCAAUCUUGCUCUAGAUUUCAGUCCAAUGAAAGAGGCAAUCAUCUCUGCGGAAAUCCUUCCUAUACUCUGCGAGCAUGCCCACUCGUCGAACACGAAACUUCAGAUUGACUCAUUAUGGGCGCUGAAACAUGUUGCAUACAACACAACGAACGAUGUCAAGACCAAAAUCAUCGAGGGGUUGCGGCCAGACUGGAUCAAACAAGUCAUCACCCAGGAUCCGACAAGUGCCCUGGCCAAGCGAGGGUUAGACGAGGAAAUGGACAGCGGCACUCCAAGCGGCAUGAGUCGGGCCAAUUCUGCCGGUGAGCAGGUCAACCUACUGAAUCCGGUGGGCGAUUUUGAGAGGGAUGAAGACCAGAAAAUGACCGAUUCGAUGCCUUCGUCCAAGGUCAGCCUGGAGAUGUUCAUGCCAGACGCAACUCGACGGCGCAAGCUUGCGCUACACGGUGAUAUCGAGCUUACUACUCAAGCUCGCCAGGACGAUAUCGAAGUCCAGGAGCAAACGUUCGAUCUCUUGCGCAAUGUUAUCUGCGGGCCAGGCGCGCCAGAGAUGAUUGACCACCUCUUCAAAGAGCUUGGGCAGGAUUUGUUACUAGACGCCUUGGCGGACAAGCUCCGGCCUCGUUCUAUCCAACUCCCCCACCGGCGCGAGUCUCCUAACCACCGUGUCCUGCAAGUUCCCAGUCAGAUUCUGGUCGCCGCAACAUAUGUCAUCAUCCAUCUUGCAGCUGGUCUUCCGUGGCAUCGUGAGCUCCUGGUCGGGCACAGGGAUCUUCUCCGUUAUCUGAUGAACUACUUCAACCACAGUCACCGAGACGUCCGGACGAACUGUGUGUGGGUGGUGAUCAACCUGACGUAUGAGGACGACAUUAGCGAUCAUGAAGGCUGCCGGGAGCGGGCACUGAAACUCCGCUCAGCCGGGGUGCUGGAUCGGCUUGCUACCUUGGAGCACGAUUCAGAUCUCGAUGUGCGGGAGCGAACCAAGACCGCACUGCAUCUGAUAAAUAACUUGACUACUUAG